UUGUUUACUUGAAUUUUGGGAAUCUUCGUAUUUUCCCCUUUGUUUCGAUCUUUUUUAUUUGCUUGUUUUAUGAAAGGGACAGCUCAUCUGAUUCGAUUUGGAAUUGGGAAGUACUGGGGCUUCUGCUUUCAGCUACUUUUUUUUUUUUUUUUGGGUUCUGCAUUUGGAUGCUUCUUUGGCUGCAAAUUUCGUCUUCUCCGAGCCUUGGCUCAAGGGCUAUGGAAGUUGUCACUUUCUGUAGCUUGCGAGGUGGGGCAGGAACUGUUCUGUUUGUUUGUUUGUUUAGCCUUCCUUGCUAGACUUGGAGCAAAAAAUGUUUGGUGUUGAGAAAUUAAGGAUUGUGGAGUGGGAAAUGGAAAAGCACGAGAGGGAGAUGAACUUGCUGUUUCGCUAAUACAUAGUGAAUCAAUCUGAAGGACGGAGGUAGGCCAUUGCCGAAAUUUGGGGAAUGGGAUGUUAAUGAUCCUGCUUCAGCAGAAGGAUUUACUGUGAUCUUUAACAAGGCCAGGGAUGAGAAGAAAACCGGUGGCAAACCAGAGUCGCCAGGAAAGGGCGAUUCUCAUACUAAGGGGCCAAUGGAGCAUGGAAAGCCUCCUGCUAAGAAAUGGUUCUGCUGCAUCCAAAGUUCAGCAGCAGAAGCUUGACAAAUUUCUUGGCUGCAGAGGAAGAAGUUGCUUCAUGUAACUGUUAUGUCAUCCCACCAUAUAAAUGUUUUCUUCAAGAAGAUGAUAGGGGAGCUGUAGAGCGGGUCAUGAAUCCUCCUGGAGUUCGUUGUUCUUUUUUCUUUCUUUUGGGUGUUGUGAAAACUGCGGUUUUUGGUGGAGGCAAAAAGGAAAAUAUGAUUUGAAAUACCAAGGUCAUUUGUAUCUUGUAAAGAUGCAGUUUAUAUAUAUGGUCAUCUAAUCUGUUCUCUCCCAUUUUCUCAUGUUACGAGCUUGUAGAGAGCUUUUGUGAUAUCUGCCCCUCUGAAUUCGUUCUACUGUACUGGUCAAUUGGUUUUCUUUCGCAAUAUAUAACCUCAUUCUUUCCAGGUUUCACUUUUAGCAUCACCUGAACAGUGUGGACUUGUUCAAAUUCAAGCAGGUUUCUAU